UUAUCUACAUUACCUUCUAACGUUACUCGGAUAUUUAAACCUGUUCGUCCACACUUCGCCCUGCUGUCUCGACUACAAACAAAAGCCUUUUGAGUUUCGUAAGACCGAGACAAUUGGAAACAUCUAGAGUCCCAUUCGUAGUUUGGUGGGUGUUAACCAGCCCUUUUUUUUCUUUACCUUCAUCCGCCAAUCGGGAGGGCGCGAGAGUAAGUUAGUUCAGUGUUGUUGGCACGAGCUCUGCGCGAGCGCGCACACCAAAGGACUAUAUUUUACAUGGCGUAGCGUGACACCUUAUAUUAAUCAAGCUUUAAGUUUCAAUCCGAGUCUUCAGGCAGUUUGGUCCUACAUAAUUCAUUUUUAGAUUGGUUAAGUGAACUGAACACACCAUGGUGACACUGACAGCGAUCGUAGCGCCUCUCGGUCGGCAGAUACACAGACAUCUGGUGAAUCAUGUCAGAAGUCAGCGCUGGAUACCUGCUCGGGCAUGCAACUUGAGUGCAUGCUCCAGCAAGCUAGCCCUGAGUCAAGUACAUCCGAUGUGGCAGGGGCCGCUUGCCAUUCCCGGUGGAGAUCGCCAGUCACCUAUUGACAUCGCGGAGCGUAGAAGCGUCUUUGAUCCGCAGCUCAGACCGCUGAAGGUGCAGUAUGACCCAAGGACCUGCCAGCAGAUCUGGAACAAUGGCUACUCUUUUCUGGUCGAGUAUGACGACACCACUGACAAAUCCACUCUGAAGGGAGGACCACUGGAGGAUCAGUUCAGACUGUGUCAGUUUCAUUUCCACUGGGGAGAGAACAACGCCUGGGGCUCUGAACACUCCAUAGACCGCCGCCUUUACCCUGCUGAGCUCCAUAUUGUUCACUGGAACUCUGACAAGUACAGUUUGUUUGAAGAGGCUGUUAUGGAGGAUAAUGGACUAGCUGUUAUUGGAGUCUUUCUUAAGAUUGGAAAGAGGCACGAGGGUCUACAGAAACUGGUGGAUGCCUUGCCAGCAGUCAGACACAAGGAUAGCUUGGUAGAGUUUACCAAGUUCGACCCUGUAUGUCUCCUUCCGGAGAACAUCGAUGACUAUUGGACAUACGCAGGUUCUCUGACCACUCCUCCUCUUACUGAGGCGGUGACAUGGCUUGUGAUGAAACAGCAUAUUGAAGUCAGUCACGAUCAGUUGGCAGUGUUUCGAAGCUUGCUGUUCACAUCGGCAGAAGAGCAGGUGCAAAGAAGCAUGGUCAACAACUUCCGUGUUCAGCAGGCUUUGAAGGGACGGACUGUACGUUCUUCAUUUUCCCCCUUCCUCCAAGAUGCUCCCCCAAUGGAGUAGCAACACAACUCCGUGAACUUAUUCACAUCCAAACCUCCAAAAAUCACAAAAACACUCUUCAGUCUCUUUUUACUAUGGGGUCCUGAUAUCUGUAUGAUUUUAACUGGAAAUUGUAACUAUUUUCACCAUUUCCAACCAGGCAUAUAGGUAUAGAUUCCAUUGAAAGGGAUUAGCAAAGAUUUAUAUAGUUAUUGAAAGGGUUUGUU